UACUGUGUGAGCUGUGAUUGAUCACAGCUUGUCACAUGGCACAAGGCUGUUGUGAAUAGUCUUGUACCAUGUGAUCUCUGUGAUCAUUCACAAAUUUCACACAUAGUAAGCAAUGAUGUCAGAAGUGACAUCUUGCUUACUACUCUUCAUGUGAUCACUGAUUGGUCAAUCAGUGAUCACAUGAUCGGGACCUCGCACAGAGAUCCCGUACAAUGAUCGGUGUUCUGCUGUGUCCUCUGGACACAGUGGGCACCAGAUUGCAGUGCUGCAUUCUCCCAGGGAGCGCACGCAACGCAAGCAGGGGUGUGGGUAGGCCCUGCACUGCUCCCGUCUGGCCGUUUAUAUACAUGGGCCAGACGGGAAGUGGUUAA